GUGCCAGUAAGCAGACAACCCUACAUUGUAGUGAAGUUAUCUGAAAGUAAAAUAAUCAAUAAAAAUCAAUUAAGUACCCUGCGUGUACACAAUAAUAUACACUUAGCUUAUAUUUGCAUAUAAAUUUAGUGAGCUCCAUCAGCCCUUUCGAUAUAAAAGCAAUUGUUUCUUAAAACACGUUUAAUUUGGACAACAUUUAUGGAUUUGGGUGGAGAAGAUACUGGUGCUGCAGAAAUGGGACCGUCGGACAGAAAAUCGGAAACGUCUCGUUUGGUGGCUCCGAAUACUGAAACGUCUCCAAGUUAUUUGAAUAUUUUGUCAAAUAUAUGCGGUCUGGUGUUCCUGGGAAUCAUUAUGUACUGUUGUUUUAUAGAUGGAGUGACACUAUUUUCGUUCCAUCCAACGCUUAUGACACUUGGGUGGAUGUUAUUUAUGACAUCAGCAAUGCAUGCACUUACUCCUGGUGAUCUUGCAACAGGCUGGAUGCCUAUACGGCUAAAGAGUGCUCGCCAUUGGAUUCUUCAGAUGCCUAACAUAAAACUGCAGUCCUCGGAUAGUGAAAUCUUUACUGUUGAUGUUGAGAUUGCAAAAUGCUCGAUAACAAUCAAAACUAUGUUGGAAGAUUUAGGGAUGGAAGAUGACGAAGAGGAGGUAGUCCCAUUGCCUAACGUGAACUCUGCUAUAUUAAAGAAAGUAAUUCAAUGGGCAACUUACCAUAAAGACGAUCCACCACUACCAGAAGAUGAUGAAAAUAAAGAAAAGCGAACAGAUGACAUCUCAUCUUGGGAUGCAGACUUUUUAAAAGUUGAUCAAGGAACUCUGUUUGAAUUAAUUUUAGCUGCCAACUACUUAGAUAUAAAAGGCUUACUUGAUGUCACUUGCAAAACCGUAGCGAAUAUGAUUAAGGGUAAAACUCCAGAAGAAAUUCGGAAGACAUUCAAUAUCAAAAAUGACUUUACCGCAGCUGAGGAAGAUCAAGUCCGUAAGGAGAAUGAAUGGUGUGAGGAGAAGUAACUUAACAGCCUUAGUAUUAUAAUUUCAUUCUCUAGAUAUAAUUGGUAUAUAAAAGUAUGUUG